GCUCAGCCAAUGAGAGGCCAGGAAGUCACUUCUAUGUCAAACAGUAAUUUGUCAGGAGGAAGCACUGCCGAACAACAUAAAAAGUUUUUUUUUCUUUUGAGAAAAUGGCGGACAAGACAGCGGAUGGGGGGUCAUGGACGGGAUGCGCCGUCAUGUUCCUGCAGUCGCUCUUUCCUGGCGUGGACCUGCUCGCUCUCUACAAAGGCGAGCAGGGGAAGUUCAUCAUCUUCAAAGUCAUCAAGCUGACUCUGAGAGAUUCUGCGGGAGGUCUGGGAGGCUACGAGAUCCUAAAGGUCCAUGAUGCUGAGCCCUUCCUGGGGGUGGAGGUGAAAUUCGUGGAUGUGGCAGCAUGUCAGCAGUUCCUGGAGAGCUACAGCUCCGGAACGGUGCUCCAGUCCCUCAACCAGCACGCGUGCCGGCUGCUCGGACUUCCCGAAGACUUCACCGUGCGAACCCAGCUGAAGGCCGGGCCUCAGAACCUGGAUCUGUGUCUGGACCAGCUGCCUGUCUGUCUGCAGCACAUCCACCUUUCACAGCCGGAGCGCCUGCGUGACGAAGAGAUCGAUCAUCUGGAGCAGCAGCUGCAGAGCCAGGCGCUGGGUCCGGCCCCGCAGCCCCCCACGGUCACACAGGAAGAGUCUCCAGUGCCCAGCAACUGCUUCAAGUUUCAGAACAGAGUGUUUGAGGACCGAAUGCUGACAGCGGCAGAUGUUCAGAGCUUUUCGAACGGAGUGGGCCGUCAGUGGAAACACGUAGGAAGGGCCCUGGGGAAGAGCUGUCGUGCUCUGAAGGGCCCCGCCAUUGACAACCUGGCCUACGAGUACGAGAGAGAAGGGCUGUAUGAGCAAGCCUAUCAGCUGCUGAGCCGCUUCAUUCAGGCGGAGGGGAGGGCGGCCAAGCUGAGCCGACUGGUCAGAGCUCUGGAGGACAGCAAACUCACCAGCCUGGCUGAGAACAUGCUGGGCAUGCAGCCCCGAGAGUAACUCUGUGUGCGAGCUUUAAGACCCAAACUGAGGGACGGGCUCCUCUGUGGGAGUGGAAACGUUUCCCUGACGCUUUUUUACAUUCAGAGUAGCUCUUCCCGACUUUCCCUCAUGUUUGAAUCAGAACCAAGUGUGUGUGAAUGUGUGUGAAUUCACAGUUUGUGUGUGCGUGUGUGUGUGUUUGUGAGGGAGGGAAAGAGAUUCAGAUCAACAUUUGUAAUCUUUUGUUUAUUUGAAGUAAUCUGUCAUCACUGUUAAAAGAAAAUGCAAUCUGGAGUUUAAUACACUGUGCGAACCGUUUUUAUCGUGUUACAGAUUGAACCUGUUGGGUCCUGCUUCCAGUGACAACACAAAUUAAGGAUAUUGAUUUUUUUUUUCUUCUCGAUAAAAUGGGUUCUAGCAAAUUAAAUGGUUGUGGAAAGAAGGCUUAUGUUUCUGUUUGAUGCAUUAGUGUAAUUAAAACUGAAAACACAAUUUUGUCUAAA